GCAUCAAGCCAUCUCCAUCUCAAAUUUCUUUCCUCCUCGCCCAACCCCAACCGCGAAGGUGGGUUUAUCCUUCGAUCCAAAGAAGGACUGACAUUGACGAACUUCGAUUUAGGGUCCACAGGAAAAUUGGCACCCCAAAAAGAAAAUUCAGAAUGAUGGUUUUCUCGCGAAAAUUGAAUGGAAAGUCGCAGACGGAAAAUGAAGAGAAAGAGGGAGGACGGAACAUUUCAUGUAGUGCAACUCUAGCAUGUCCCAACUGCUAUUCUACAUGCCGCCGUAUGUUAAGUGUCAACGUCCUGCCUUCGCGCCUAUUUCCUCCCUUCGUGCCAUUUUCGCCUCAUCCAAUUUAAGGCUCUGCACCUCCUCUGUGCUCCUCUGCUCUCCUCUGCCUUCCAUUCCCUCUCUCUCUUCCUCUCUCUAUCUCUCUGGCCCGCAGUUUAAGGCCAUCCCUUGCUUAAUCAACUUCUGUCUCUCUUCUCUCUACCAUUUUUUCUAUCUAUUCCGUGUUGUGAGCUAUUGGAUUGGGUAAUGGAUUCGGUAUCUGUAGCCAUGAAGGCUUCUUCUUGCUCGUCUUCUUCCUCUCUUUCUUCUUUCUUUUCUGUGUUGGCAAACCCUAGGCACAAUCCUAGACAGCCUCUGCUGAGGUUCCGCGAGGGGAUAUCGUUAUUCAAAUCACUCAAGUGCAUCCAGUCUGCGGCUCCCGACUCGAAUUCCUCGUCCUCUGCAUCGGCGUCGCCUCUGAAACCGUGUUCUCGGAACCCCAGUGCGCCAUUCUCGUGCUGGGCGGUCACCGCGGCUCCGUCGCAGACGGAGGAGGGCGCGGCGUGCCGCCUCCAGCGCAUCGUGGCGGAGUUUCAAUCCCUGGCGCAGCCGAUCGAUCGCGUGAAGAGGCUGUUGCACUACGCGACUCUGCUUCCGGAGAUGGAAGGCGCCGCGCGGGUCGACGUCAACCGAGUGAUGGGGUGCACGACGCAGGUGUGGCUGGAGGCGAGGAUGGACGAGGUGGGAAGGAUGAGGUUUGCGGCGGAUAGCGAUUCGGAGAUCACGAGGGGGUUUUGUUCGUGCUUAGUUUGGGUGCUCGAUGGGGCGGCGCCGGAAGAGGUAUUGGGGUUGAGGGCGGAGGAUUUGGCAGCGUUGAACGUUGGUGUGGUUGGGCGUGCUCAGUCUAGGGUAAAUACUUGGCACAACGUUUUGAUCAGUAUGCAGAAGAGGACUAAGGCUUUGAUUGCACAGAGAGAAGGAAGGCCGCCGUUUGAUCCUUUCCCCUCUCUGCUGAUUACUGCUGAUGGUAUUCAGGCACAGGGAAGCUACGCUGAGACACAAGCUAGAUUUUUGUUCCCUGAUGAGAUUAAGAUUAAAGAACUUGUUAGUGUGCUAAAGGAGAAGAAAAUUGGCGUUGUUGCUCACUUUUACAUGGACCCUGAGGUCCAAGGUGUCUUAACGGCUGCACAGAAGGAGUGGCCUCACAUCUAUAUAUCUGAUUCGUUGGUUAUGGCAGAUACUGCUGUCAAGAUGGCAGAAGCUGGUUGCCAAUUCAUCACUGUCCUUGGUGUGGAUUUUAUGUCGGAAAAUGUUCGUGCAAUCCUUGAUCAGGCUGGUUUUGGAGAGGUUGGUGUCUACAGGAUGUCAAAUGAACGCAUUGGUUGCUCGUUGGCAGAUGCUGCAGCUAAUCCUGCAUAUAUGCAUUAUCUCGAGGCAGCCUCUAUCUCUCCUCCUUCUUUGCAUGUUAUCUACAUAAAUACUUCAUUAGAGACAAAAGCUUUUGCUCAUGAACUUGUGCCAACAAUAACCUGUACUUCCUCAAAUGUUGUUCAAACCAUUCUGCAGGCUUUUGCUCAAGUGCCAAAUUUGAAUAUAUGGUAUGGCCCUGACUCCUACAUGGGUGCAAAUAUUAGGGAGUUGUUUCAGCAGAUGACUAUGAUGACUGAUGAUGAAAUUGCUGAGAUACAUCCAGAGCACAAUCGAGAUUCAAUUAGAUCUUUGUUACCUCGCCUACACUAUUAUCAGGAUGGGACAUGCAUUGUACACCACCUUUUUGGACAUGAGGUUGUAGACAGGAUAAAUGAAAUGUACUGUGAUGCGUUUCUAACUGCUCACUUUGAGGUUCCUGGAGAAAUGUUUUCUCUGGCAAUGGAAGCAAAGAGAAGAGGAAUGGGAGUAGUGGGUUCCACCCAGAACAUAUUAGACUUCAUAAAGCAAAGAGUUCAAGAAGCUUUGGAUAGAAAUGUCAGUGAUCACCUUCAAUUUGUUUUGGGAACCGAAUCAGGAAUGGUGACCUCUAUUGUUGCAGCUGUUCGUAGAUUGUUAGGUUCUGUUGACUCUUCUUCUGGGAGAGCAAAAAUUAAUGUGGAGAUUGUUUUUCCAGUCUCAUUUGAUUCAAUGACAAGCACAUCAAGAAAUUCGUCCCCAGUGCUAAAUCCUGUUGAAAUGGGAGAUUUCAUAAAACUCCCUGUUAUACCUGGAGUUGCAACUGGUGAGGGAUGUUCGAUUCAUGGUGGUUGUGCCUCCUGUCCAUACAUGAAGAUGAAUUCUCUUAGCUCACUCCUCAAAGUUUGCCACCAGUUGCCCGAUGAAAAGAACACCUUGUCUACUUAUGAAGCAGGGCGGUUCAACGUGCGAACCCCGAACGGAAAGUUGAUUGCAGAUGUUGGGUGUGAACCAAUUUUGCACAUGAGACAAUUUCAGGCAACAAAGAAAUUGCCAGAAAAGCUUGUAUUUCAAAUGCUCCAUCCUAAUGGCAAUGGAAGAUCAAAGUCAUUGAGUUGAACAGAGCUGUUGUGAGAUCUGGUCAGCUUUUUACGUUGGGCAUUCAACGAUCCAAUAGUGCAUCUGGACAAAACAUGAAGACAGUUUCUUUGUCAAGAAUGGUUAUGGCUUGGCUUGGAAAAUUUUGUUUUACAAUUGUUGCCCGCACAGUCCUCGUCUAUCUUGUUUCUACUGGCAGCAAGCAGACCCGAUGCGCCUGCCCUGCAAUUUAGGUGGCUAUAGAUAAUUUUGGAAAAAUUAUGGGUUGAUUAUAAACAUUUCUUUUUCCUUUUUAUAAAAGUUAUGGGUAGUUUAACAGUUUUUUUUUUUUCUUAAAAAGAUUAUAAAUGUUUUAGUUUACUCAUUAGUUGAUAAAUUUCUUUUUGAUUUUAAACUCUUUCAUAUUUAGAAUAAUAGGAGUUGAUGAUAGAGAUUAUUGGAA